CUACAACUUGGCCGUCAAGUGGCACUCGACCGGGCGGUUUGAGGGCGUAAAUGGCAUUAAAACGUCACUGGAGAACCCGCUACACGAACACUGAUUCGUUAGAAGGACGACAAAAGAAAAGGGAAGCGACGGCUUACAUUGACAGAUUCAGAGAGUCCAAAAAUCCAAAACGAGUCCUACCAGAGAAAGUUGCAGCUAGCCGGGUGUCACCCGAGCCGUCGCCGUCAUCAGUCGCGUGCUCGCCGGUAAUGGACACCGAGCCUCCCCGGGGUCGGUGCGUCGUCCAACUGGACCGCACCAAGUCGCCGCCUGCCUCGGGCUCCCUUCGCGCGGCUCGAGACCGACGCAAACCUGCGAGACGACAUGCGCUCCCUCGCCGGGCUCGCGGCCACCGUGGCGGCGGCUAGCGUCUACCUCUACGUGCUGUCCACUCACCUGCCGCCGGCGGAAGAGCACUUGAGGCCGGCCUCGCCCGAGGAGAAGGAGCCCCACUAUUACAAGUUGAAGUUCCCGUCGGACCUGGACGAACUGCGGGAGCUCGCCGAGAUGCUCAAAUUCUACAAGCAGGAACACCACGGCUACGUCCUGCUGCUCUUUUGCAGCGCGUACCUCUACAAGCAGUCCUUCGCCAUUCCCGGGUCCUCCUUCCUGAACGUGCUGGCGGGCGCUAUAUUCGGACCCUGGGAGGGCCUGGCGCUGACGUGCCUGCUCACCACCACGGGUUCCGCUUUCUGCUACGUGCUCUCGUCCACCUUCGGGAAGCGGCACGUGGUUCGCAUCUUCCCGGACAAGGUGGCGCUGCUGCAGAGGAAGGUAGAGGAAAACCGUAGCAGCUUGUUCUUUUUCCUCCUCUUUCUGCGCUUCUUCCCCAUGACUCCUAACUGGUUCCUGAACAUCACCUGUCCCGUCCUCAACAUCCCCCUCUCCAUCUUCUUCUUCUCCGUUUUAAUCGGUUUGAUUCCCUACAACUUCAUCUGCGUGCGCACGGGCGCCAUCCUCUCCGAGAUCCACUCCCUGGACGACAUCUUCUCGUGGGCCACGCUGGCUCAGCUGCUGGCCGUCGCGCUGGUGGCGCUGGUGCCAGGCGCGCUCAUCAAACGCUACGGCCAAGCUCACCUCAAGGUGGCGAACAUGGACGGAACACCGGAGGACGACCCGAAGAGGCGAUGACGGCGGGAGGGUGAGGACUUUUCAUAGCGGAGGUCUCCCCCGGUGGGCCUCACAUCCCACUGUGAUCGAUCUACAGCGGACCGCCACUAUUGA